AUGUUGCGACAAGUGUUGCACGAGGGGCUCAGGACGUCAUUCCACAAACUGGGCCACUUUGUAGCCAAUCACCCGGUGUUUUUCGCCUCCGCGCCCAUGUUGAUCUCCAUCCUGCUCGGCGCGAGCUUCAGCAGAUACCGCAUAGAGGAAAACGUGGAGUACUUGUUGGCGCCCAAACACAGCCUGGCGAAGAUCGAGGGGAACUUGGUGGAUAGUUUGUUCCCUGUGAACCGAUCCAAGCACACGCUUUACUCGGACUUGCAAACACCCGGGAGAUAUGGCCGGGUCAUCGUGACCUCGCGCAGGGGGAGCGUAUUGGACCCUCACCACGUCAAUUCAGUCCUUAAGCUGCACAACACAAUUACUCAGAUCCCUGUCCCUAUGCUGGGCUUCAACUACACCUUUGCUCACCUCUGCUUGCUGGAUGACAGCAAGAGCUGCAUCGUGGAUGACAUCCUGCAUGUUCUGGAGGAGAUGCGUUUGGCACGGGCAUCCAACCAGUCCAUACCCGCUCUGUGUUACCCUAUCACCAGACUCAAGGAUGGGCGAGAGGCUUACAUUGGACACCAGCUGGGCGGUGUCCAGGCAGGCGGAGGGCGAGAUGGUGUACGUUCUGCUCGAGCCCUACAGCUCACAUACUACCUGCAAGCAGCUAGUCCACUGAAUGAAGUUGUGGCGGCCCGCUGGGAGUUGCUGUUCUGUAGAGAGCUGGAAAACUUUGGAAAGGCUCAUCCAGAGCUUGGCCUGUACCCCUUCACUUCCUCUUCUCUGCAAAGGGACUUCCAAAGGACCAGCCGGGUGUCUGAGCGGGCACUGUUCCUCAGCCUAGCUGUAUGUCUCUUGCUGGCAAUGCUGUGCUGCUCCAUGCGGGACUGUGUGCGUACUAAGCCCUGGCUGGGUCUGCUGGCUCUGGUGACAGUCAGCCUGGCUACACUCACCUCUGCGGGCAUCUUCAACCUCACUGGAGGGAAAUACAAUUCAACAUAUCUGGGUAUCCCUUUUGUCAUGUUGGGUCAUGGCUUGUUCGGCACAUUUGAAAUGCUGUCAUCUUGGCGCCGGACUCGUGAGGACCAGCAUGUAAAGGAGCGGGUUGCAGCUGUGUUCUCAGAUUGUAUGCUGCCCUUCACAGCCAGCACAGCCUUGCACGUGGUCACCUUUGGCAUUGGGGCCAGUCCGUUCACCAACAUUGAGGUUGUACGUCUCUUCUGUCAAAAUGCCUGUAUCUCAGUCCUCUUCAACUACCUCUACAUCCUCACCUUCUAUGGCUCCAACCUGGUGUUUGCCGGGUACCUGGAAAACAACUACCGUCACAGUCUAUUUUGCAGGCGUGUACCGAAGCCGGAGUUACUGCAACAAAAGCCAGCUUGGUAUCGGUUCCUCAUGUACACACAUUACAAUGAAGAGGCCACAGAAGCUGGACCCCUGCGUGCUUACGAGAGUCACCUGCUGUUAGCAUUCAUGAAGCGGUACUACUGCGACUGGAUCACCAACACCUAUGUUAAACCCUUUGUGGUUCUUUUUUACUUGGUCUAUGUUUCCUUCGCCCUCAUGGGCUACCUUCAGGUAAGUGAGGGUUCAGACCUUAGUAAUGUGGUUGCCACAGAAACAAGUACUAUCGCAUAUACCCGUGCACAGCAGCGGUAUUUUAGCAGUUACAGCCCUGUGAUUGGCUUCUAUAUCUAUGAGUCUAUUGAAUACUGGAACACCAGCGUGCAAGAGGACCUACUGGAGUACACCAAAGGAUUUGAACGUAUCUCCUGGUUUGAAAGUUACCUCAAUUACCUUCAUGGGCUGAACAUCACUACUAGCCUGUCGCGAAGCAAUUUCACCGAACAACUGCGAUAUGGCUUUCUGCUGCAACCACACUAUGUGCACUUCUCAGAUGAUAUUAUAUUUGCAAAACGUACGGAUGGGGAAUUUGAUGUGGUGGCUUCACGUAUGUUUCUUGUGGCCAAGACAACAGAAAACAAACGAGAGGAGAUGUCAAUCUUACUGGACACAUUAAGGAAGUUGUCACUGACUUCAAGGGUUAAGUUUAUCAUCUUUAAUCCAUCCUUUGUGUAUAUGGACCGCUAUGCCUCAUCGGUCGGAGCACCACUUAAGAACUCUUGCAUUGCUGCACUGUUUCUGCUGUUUUUUUCCACCUUCUUGGCAGCUGACCCACUGGUGAAUGCCUGGCUAACUGUGACGGUAGCCUCUGUUGAGUUUGGGCUGGUGGGUUUCAUGACUCUCUGGCAGGUAGAGUUGGAUUGUGUCUCAGUACUAUGUCUGAUCUAUGGGGUGAACUAUGCCGUAGACUCCAGUGCUCCGCUGGUUUCAGCAUUUGCCUUAGGACGGGAAUCCACCCGUACUUGCUGGGUGAAACUGGCUCUGGAGCAUCAUGGAGUACCUGCUCUUCAGAGCUACUUGUGUUAUGGGGCUGCACUGCUCCCCCUAGCAGCCGUGCCCUCUAACCUCACACGCACACUCUUCAGGUGCCUCUUUCUCACCGCCAUUAUCACUGCCUUCCACUGUUUGGCCAUCCUCCCUGUCCUGCUCACCUUCCUGCCUCCCUCCAAGAAAAAAAGGACGGAGAGAAAGAAUGCUGCAGAAAAUAGGGAAGAGAUUGAGUGUGUGGAGAUGGUGGACAGCACACGUGUGGUUGAUCAGAUUACCACUGUCUGACCACAUGACCAAAAGAGAGGGGCUAUCUGGAGAAUGUAUCAGAGGGAUAGAAACAAAACACCCCUAGGGGGUGGCAGAGGAAUGCCUGAGAUAUAAGAGUGCCUAAGUACACCUGGGCUACUAGCUCCCAUACUUAAAAGGAGGUGUUUUUUGGGCAUAAUCAAGAAGUAGAUGAGUUUGAGGUUUAGCCAAUAAAGCUUGCAUUUUGCUCACAAU